CAGACAGUGAUCACUAGAGGAUCACAGGUUUAGACAGAAUGCAGUCUGAAUGGGUAAUACCAUGGCUGGCCCUGUGCUUUGGAUUACCUGCUGCCACCACUGUAAUGGUCCAAACGGGAUAUAAAAUACCAGUGAUUACAGAGAUGAAAUCCUCCCACAACCAGUUCUGCAGCACAUGGGGCGACUACCACUACAAGACGUAUGAUGGCGAUUUCUUCCAGCUUCCAUUCACUUGCAACUAUCUCCUCACGUCACAUUGCAAAAGCGAUUAUGAGACCUUCAAUAUUCAGCUGCAGCGUGAGGAGAUAAAUGGAGUCACUACCAUUAAGAGGGUCUCUAUGAAGCUGGAUGGAGUCGUGGUGGAAUUAACCAAAACUUCCAUCACAGUCUAUGACAAACCUGUCACCAUACCCUACAUCAGAGCUGGCAUUUCAAUCAAAAGAUCUGGCUCAUACGUCAAAAUGGAGGCCAAGCUGGGAAUGGAUAUCAUGUGGAAUCAAGAGGACACGUUGUGGGUUGAGCUGGAUUCAAAGUUUAAGAAUCAAACUUGUGGUCUGUGCGGUGACUAUAAUGGAGCCCAGAUUUUUAAUGAAUUCCAGACACCUGAUAUGGAGAGCUCCCUAAGUAUUAAAGAUUAUGGAGCGUUAUCGAAGCUCGAUGGUCCAACUGAAAGCUGUGAAGAAAUCUCUCCAGUCAAACAGAUCUGUUCAAAUGAGACUGAGAUCUGUAAGAACCUGCUGUCAGAACCUGCGUUUCUCAGCUGUCAGAACCUGAUUGACACUGACUCCUUCAUCAAAGCCUGUGCGAUGGACCUGUGCAGCUGCAGCAACAGCAGCUCCUCCUGCCUGUGUUCCACCAUCUCAGAGUUCUCCCGUCAGUGUGCACACGCAGGCGGACGGCCACAGAAAUGGACGACCAACAAACUGUGUGAAAAAUCAUGUCCACUCAACCUGGAGUAUUCUGAAUGUGGGAACCCUUGUACUGACACCUGCAGCAAUCAACACAGAAAGGAACUGUGUACGGAACACUGCAUAGAUGGAUGCUUCUGUCCAUCUGGUACUCUCCUUGAUGACGUCACACACAGGGGCUGUGUAGCUGUCGACCAGUGCCCCUGCCUGCACAACGGCCAGUCAUACCAACCUGGGGAUUCUUACUCAAGCACUUGUCACAAAUGCACAUGUUCUCAGGGUCAGUGGAGCUGUUUAAAUGUAGACUGUCCUGGUGUCUGCUCCAUCGUUGGAGGCUCUCACAUCACCACCUAUGAUGCUAAAACCUAUACGUUCCAUGGAGAUUGUUCUUACGUUCUGUCCAAGAGCCCUAAUGGAACUUUCACUGUUCAUGGUGACCUGGUAAAAUGUGAGAGAUCAGACAAAUCCACGUGUCUGUCUGCUGUCACCCUGUUACUGCCAAAUCAAAUGACGCUUGUAAUUAAAGAAAAUGGACAGGUCCUUUACAACAAGAUGAUUUCUCAACUUCCUCUGUACAUGGAUGGUUUCACAGCGUUCAGUCCAUCAACUUUCUUUAUUGUAAUCCAAACUAUUUAUGGUUUUGACAUUGAGAUCCAGAAAAUACCAUUCAUGCAGGUCUACAUCAAAGCUAGUGUUUCCAAUAAAGGACAAGUCACAGGCCUUUGUGGAGAUUUUAAUGAUGUUGAAGCUGAUGACUUUAAAAACACAAAUGGUUUGAUUGAGGGAACUGCUGAAACAUUUGCCAACGCAUGGAAAAGCAGAACAAACUGCCCGGAUGGGACAAAUACACUCGGAGACCCAUGCACAAUGAGCAUAGAGAAGGAUAAAUAUGCAAAACACUGGUGCUCCUUGCUGAAAGACCCAAAUGAAAUUUUUGCCCACUGUCAUUCCAAAAUCAGCCCUAACGUCUUUCACGAUAAUUGUAUUUACGACAGCUGUGCCUGUGAUAACAGUGAGGAGUGUAUGUGUGCUGCCUUAUCCUCCUAUGUCCAUGCGUGUGCGGCUGCAGGCGUCUUUCUUAAUGGCUGGAGAGACACAGCGUGUGUAAAAUACAUAGAUGUCUGCCCUGCUACGUUUGUGUAUGACUACCAGAUGACAAGCUGUGGUCGCACCUGUCGUUCUCUUACUCAGUCAGAAUUAACAUGCGACAUUGACUUUACUCCACUUGAUGGCUGCGGCUGUGCUGAAGGAACGUACCUCGAUGACAAGGGAGAGUGUGUGACAGCGUCACAAUGCCCCUGUCAAAUGGGAGAAACUGUGGUACAAGCUGGAGAUGUCAUCAAAGUUAAUGGACAGACCUGCUCCUGUCGUGGUGGAAACCUCAUAUGUGCUGGAAGCUACUUAACUGAAUCAUGCAGCGAGCCCAUGGUUUACUUCAACUGCUCCGGGGCAAAGCCAGGUGACCAAGGGUCAGAGUGCCAGAAAAGUUGCUCACUGGCCACAGAAUGUCUUAGUGUACAGUGUGUCUCGGGAUGUGUGUGUCCUGAUGGCCUUUUGUCAGACGGAAACGGAGGUUGUGUUAAGGAGGAGGACUGUCCCUGCACUUAUAAUGGAGAAUUGUAUAACGCUGGACAGUCUGUCACUGUGGGCUGCAACACAUGCACUUGCAAAGGCAGAAACUGGGCCUGUACAGAUAAUGAAUGUGAUGGUGUCUGCACCAUCUAUGGAGAAGGACAUUACACCACUUUUGAUCAAAGAACAUUCACCUUCAAUGGGAACUGUGUCUAUGUCGUUACUCAGGACUUCUGUGGUGAUGAUGAACACGGCAGCUUCAGGGUCUUGAUUGAGAAUGUCCCAUGUGGAACAACUGAGAGCAUCUGCUCCACGUCUAUCAAACUUUACUUAGGGAACAGUGAAAUUGUUCUUUCAGAGGAAAAUGUCAAAGUUAUAAAUCAGAGCAAAGGGGUGAACAUCCCCUUUCACGUCAACACCAUGGGGAUAUAUGUUGUCAUUGAGGCUCAGAAUGGUCUUGUUGUGAUCUGGAACAGGCUUACAACACUGAUAAUCAGACUACGGCCUGCGUUCCAGGGCAAAGUCUGUGGCCUCUGUGGGAAUUACGAUGGGAAUGUCAAGAACGAUUUCACCACAAGGAGCAAAGAAGUUGUGGUUGAUGCCCUUGAGUUUGGAAACACCUGGAAAUUAUCAUCAACGUGUCCUAAUGCAGUGGCACUGCAGGAUCCAUGUAGCGUGUCCCCACACAGGCAGGCAUGGGCAGCCAAACACUGCAGUAUAAUCAACAGUGACGUGUUUGCUGCUUGUCAUUCAAAGGUGCCUCCCCAAAAAUACUAUGAUGCCUGUGUGGGAGAUACAUGUGGCUGCAACACAGGAGGAGACUGUGAGUGUUUCUGCACAGCUGUAGCCGUCUAUGCAGCAGUCUGUAAUGAGGCCGGGGCCUGUGUCAGAUGGAGGACUCCCACUGUUUGCCCUUUAUUCUGUGAUUAUUACAACCCUGAUGGGGAGUGUGAGUGGCACUAUGAGCCCUGUGGAAAGCCAUGCAUGAAAACAUGCAGGAAUCCUUCAGGAACCUGCUACAAUAAAAUUCCUGCACUAGAAGGCUGCUAUCCACUCUGCCCACCUGAACGCUCAUAUCUGGAGGAAACUACUAUGAAAUGUGUUUCAAAGGAAGAUUGUGGCUGUUAUGAUGAUGAAGGAAAACAUUAUACAGAAGGGGCAGCCAUGCCGUCACAGGACAACUGUAACAAAUGUCACUGUUCUUCAACAAAGGUGAUAUGCAGCUAUGAACAAGAUUGCCCGUGUUCAUAUGGAGAGCACACUUAUCAGUAUGGAGACAUAAUCUACAAGACCCAUGAUGGAAAUGGAGCCUGUAUUACUGCUGUUUGUGGACCAAAUGGCACCGUUAUUAGGAACAUUGAACCUUGCUUCGAAACUACUACUGCAACACCUAUUUUUACUUUUACAACAUCUGGAUCAACAACAACCACUGAAGGUUCCACGACAACCUCAAGUCCUGUAUCUAAAACGACCACAACCUCAUCAACAAAGGAAACACCCACUGGCACAACAACUUCAGGAUCCACAACAACCACAGAAAGUCCCAAAACAACAACAACCUCAAGCCCUGAAUCUAAAACAAGUACCACCUCAACAACAACAGAAAAACCCACUGGCACCACAACUUCAGGAUCCACCACAGCCACAGAAAGUCCCAAAACAACAACAACCUCAUCAACAACAGAGAAACACACUGGCACCACAACUUCAGGAUCCACAACAACCACAGAAAGUCCCAAAACAACCACCACCUCACCAACAACAGAAAAACCCACUAGCACAACAACUUCAGAGUCUACAACAACCACAGAAGGUCCCAAGACAACCACCACCUCAUCAACAACAGAAAAACCCACUGGCACAACAUCUUCAGGGUCCACAACAACCACAGAAAGUCCUACAACAACAACCUCAAGCCCUGAAUCUAAAACAACCUCCACCUUAUCAACAUCAGAACAACCCACUGGCACCACAACUUCAGGAUCAACCACAACCACAGAAAGUCCCAAAACAACAACAACCUCAUCAACAACAGAAAAACCCACUGGCACAACAUCUUCAGGAUCCACCACACCCACUGGCACCACAACGCCAGGGUCCACAACAACCACAGAAAGUCCUAAAACAACAACAACCUUAAGCCCCGAAUCUAAAACAACCACCACCUUAUCAACAACAGAAAAACCAACUGGCACCACAACGUCAGGAUCCACCACAACCACAGAAAGUCCCAAAACAACAACAACCUCAACAACAACAGAAAAAUCCACUGGCACAACAUCUUCAGGGUCCACAACAACCACAGAAACUCCUGAAACAACAACAACCUCUAGCCCUGAAUUUAAAACAACCACCACCUCAUCAACAACAGAAAAACCCACUGGCACCACAACGCCAGGGACUACAACAACCACAGAAAGUCCUAAAACAACAACAACCUCAAGCCCUGAAUCUAAAACAACCACCACCUUAUCAACAACAGAAAAACCCACUGGCACCACAACUUCAGGAUCCACCACAACCACAGAAAGUCCCAAAACAACAACAACCUCAUCAACAACAGAGAAACCCACUGGCACCACAACUUCAGGAUCCACAACAACCACAGAAAGUCCCAAAACAACCACCACCUCAUCAACAACAGAAAAACCCACUGGCACCACAACGCCAGGGCCCACAACAACCACAGAAAGUCCUAAAACAACAACAACCUCAGCAACAACAGAAAAACCCACUGGCACAACAUCUUCAGGGUCCACAACAACCACAGAAAGUCCUAAAACAACUACCACCUCAGCCACAACAGAAAAAUCCACUGGCACAACAUCUUCAGGGUCCACAACAACAACAGAAAUUCCUGAAACAACAACAACCGCAAGCCCUGAAUCUAAAACAACCACCACCUCAUCAACAACAGAAAAACCCACUGGCACCACAAGGUCAGGAUCAACCACAACCACAGAAAGUCCCAAAACAACAACAACCUUAUCAACAACAGAAAAACCCACUCGCACAACAUCUUCAGUGUCCACAAUAACGACAGAAAGUCCAACAACAACCUCAUCAACAACAGAAAAACCCACUGGCACCACAACUUCAGGAUCAACCACAACCACAGAAGGUCCCAAAAGAACAACACCCUCAUCAACAACAGAAAAACCCACUGGCACCACAACGUCAGGAUCCACCACAACCACAGAAAGUCCCAAAACAACAACAACCUCAGCAACAACAGAAAAAUCCACUGGCACAACAUCUUUAGGGUCCACAACAACCACAGAAAUUCCUGAAACAACAACAACCUCAAGCCCUGAAUCUAAAACAACCACCACCUCAUCAACAACAGAAACAACGUCAGGAUCCACUACGACCACAGAAAGUCCAAAAACAACAACAACCUCAUCAACAACAGAAAAACCCAUUGGCACAACAUCUUCAGUGUCCACAACAACCACAGAAAGUCCUGAAACAACAACAACCUCAAGCCCUAAAUCUAAAACAACCGCCACCUCAUCAACAACAGAAAAACCCACUGGCACAACAUCUUCAGGGUCCACAACAACCACAGAAAGUCCGAAAACAACAACAACCUCAUCAACAACAGAAAAACCCACUGGCACCACAUCUUCAGGGUCCACAGCAACCACAGAAAUUCCUGAAACAACAACAACCUCAAGCCCUGAAUCUAAAACAACCACCACCUCAUCAACAACAGAAAAACCCACUGGCACCACAACGUCAGGAUCCACUACGACCACAGAAAGUCCCAAAACAACAACAACCUCAUCAACAACAGAGAAACCCACUGGCACCACAACGCCAGGGCCCACAACAACCACAGAAAGUCCUAAAACAACAACAACCUCAGCAACAACAGAAAAACCCACUGGCACAACAUCUUCAGGGUCCACAACAACCACAGAAAGUCCUAAAACAACUACCACCUCAGCCACAACAGAAAAAUCCACUGGCACAACAUCUUCAGGGUCCACAACAACAACAGAAAUUCCUGAAACAACAACAACCGCAAGCCCUGAAUCUAAAACAACCACCACCUCAUCAACAACAGAAAAACCCACUGGCACCACAAGGUCAGGAUCAACCACAACCACAGAAAGUCCCAAAACAACAACAACCUUAUCAACAACAGAAAAACCCACUCGCACAACAUCUUCAGUGUCCACAAUAACGACAGAAAGUCCAACAACAACCUCAUCAACAACAGAAAAACCCACUGGCACCACAACUUCAGGAUCAACCACAACCACAGAAGGUCCCAAAAGAACAACACCCUCAUCAACAACAGAAAAACCCACUGGCACCACAACGUCAGGAUCCACCACAACCACAGAAAGUCCCAAAACAACAACAACCUCAGCAACAACAGAAAAAUCCACUGGCACAACAUCUUUAGGGUCCACAACAACCACAGAAAUUCCUGAAACAACAACAACCUCAAGCCCUGAAUCUAAAACAACCACCACCUCAUCAACAACAGAAAAACCCACUGGCACCACAACGCCAGGGUCCACAACAACCACAGAAAGUCCCAAAACAACAACAACCUCAUCAACAACAGAAAAACCCACUGGCACAACAUCUUCAGGGUCUACAACAACCACAGAAAGUCCUGAAACAACAACAACCUCAAGCCCUGAAUCUAAAACAACCACCACCUUAUCAACAACAGAACAACCCACUAGCACCACAACUUCAGGAUCAACCACAACCACAGAAAGUCCCAAAAAAACAACAACCUCAUCAACAACAGAAAAACCCACUGGCACCACAUCUUCAGGGUCCACAACAACCACAGAAAGUCCUGAAACAACAACAACCUCAAGCCCUAAAUCUAAAACAACCGCCACCUCAUCAACAACAGAAAAACCCACUGGCACAACAUCUUCAGGGUCCACAACAACCACAGAAAGUCCGAAAACAACAACAACCUCAUCAACAACAGAAAAACCCACUGGCACCACAUCUUCAGGGUCCACAACAACCACAGAAAUUCCUGAAACAACAACAACCUCAAGCCCUGAAUCUAAAACAACCACCACCUCAUCAACAACAGAAAAACCCACUGGCACCACAACGCCAGGGUCCACAACAACCACAGAAAGUACCAAAACAACAACAACCUCAUCAACAACAGAAAAACCCAAUGGCACCACAACGUCAGGAUCCACUACGACCACAGAAAGUCCAAAAACAACAACAACCUCAUCAACAACAGAAAAACCCAUUGGCACAACAUCUUCAGUGUCCACAACAACCACAGAAAGUCCUGAAACAACAACAACCUCAAGCCCUAAAUCUAAAACAACCGCCACCUCAUCAACAACAGAAAAACCCACUGGCACAACAUCUUCAGGGUCCACAACAACCACAGAAAGUCCGAAAACAACAACAACCUCAUCAACAACAGAAAAACCCACUGGCACCACAUCUUCAGGGUCCACAGCAACCACAGAAAUUCCUGAAACAACAACAACCUCAAGCCCUGAAUCUAAAACAACCACCACCUCAUCAACAACAGAAAAACCCACUGGCACCACAACGUCAGGAUCCACUACGACCACAGAAAGUCCCAAAACAACAACAACCUCAUCAACAACAGAGAAACCCACUGGCACCACAACGCCAGGGCCCACAACAACCACAGAAAGUCCUAAAACAACAACAACCUCAGCAACAACAGAAAAACCCACUGGCACAACAUCUUCAGGGUCCACAACAACCACAGAAAGUCCUAAAACAACUACCACCUCAGCCACAACAGAAAAAUCCACUGGCACAACAUCUUCAGGGUCCACAACAACAACAGAAAUUCCUGAAACAACAACAACCGCAAGCCCUGAAUCUAAAACAACCACCACCUCAUCAACAACAGAAAAACCCACUGGCACCACAAGGUCAGGAUCAACCACAACCACAGAAAGUCCCAAAACAACAACAACCUUAUCAACAACAGAAAAACCCACUCGCACAACAUCUUCAGUGUCCACAAUAACGACAGAAAGUCCAACAACAACCUCAUCAACAACAGAAAAACCCACUGGCACCACAACUUCAGGAUCAACCACAACCACAGAAGGUCCCAAAAGAACAACACCCUCAUCAACAACAGAAAAACCCACUGGCACAACAUCUUCAGGGUCUACAACAACCACAGAAAGUCCUGAAACAACAACAACCUCAAGCCCUGAAUCUAAAACAACCACCACCUUAUCAACAACAGAACAACCCACUAGCACCACAACUUCAGGAUCAACCACAACCACAGAAAGUCCCAAAAAAACAACAACCUCAUCAACAACAGAAAAACCCACUGGCACCACAUCUUCAGGGUCCACAACAACCACAGAAAUUCCUGAAACAACAACAACCUCAAGCCCUGAAUCUAGAACAACCACCACCUCAUCAACAACAGAAAAACCCACUGGCACCACAACGCCAGGGUCCACAACAACCACAGAAAGUCCCAAAACAACAACAACCUCAUUAACAACAGAAAAACCCACUGGCACCACAACGUCAGGAUCCACUACAACCACAGAAAGUCCAAAAACAACAACAACCUCAUCAACAACAGAAAAACCCAUUGGCACAACAUCUUCAGUGUCCACAACAACCAUAGAAAGUCCUGAAACAACAACAACCUCAAGCCCUAAAUCUAAAACAACCGCCACCUCAUCAACAACAGAAAAACCCACUGGCACAACAUCUUCAGGGUCCACAACAACCACAGAAAGUCCGAAAACAACAACAACCUCAUCAACAACAGAAAAACCCACUGGCACCACAUCUUCAGGGUCCACAACAACCACAGAAAUUCCUGAAACAACAACAACCUCAAGCCCUGAAUCUAAAACAACCACCACCUCAUCAACAACAGAAAAACCCACUGGCACCACAACGCCAGGGUCCACAACAACCACAGAAAGUACCAAAACAACAACAACCUCAUCAACAACAGAAAAACCCACUGGCACCACAACGUCAGGAUCCACUACGACCACAGAAAGUCCAAAAACAACAACAACCUCAUCAACAACAGAAAAACCCAUUGGCACAACAUCUUCAGUGUCCACAACAACCACAGAAAGUCCUGAAACAACAACAACCUCAAGCCCUAAAUCUAAAACAACCGCCACCUCAUCAACAACAGAAAAACCCACUGGCACAACAUCUUCAGGGUCCACAACAACCACAGAAAGUCCGAAAACAACAACGACCUCAUCAACAACAGAAAAACCCACUGGCACCACAUCUUCAGGGUCCACAACAACCACAGAAAUUCCUGAAACAACAACAACCUCAAGCCCUAAAUCUAAAACAACCGCCACCUCAUCAACAACAGAAAAACCCACUGGCACCACAACGUCAGGAUCCACUACGACCACAGAAAGUCCAAAAACAACAACAACCUCAUCAACAACAGAAAAACCCAUUGGCACAACAUCUUCAGUGUCCACAACAACCACAGAAAGUCCUGAAACAACAACAACCUCAAGCCCUGAAUCUAAAACAACCACCACCUCAUCAACAACAGAAAAACCCACUGGCACCACAACGCCAGGGUCCACAACAACCACAGAAAGUCCCAAAACAACAACAACCUCAUCAACAACAGAAAAACCCACUGGCACCACAACGUCAGGAUCCACUACGACCACAGAAAGUCCAAAAACAACAACAACCUCAUCAACAACAGAAAAACCCAUUGGCACAACAUCUUCAGUGUCCACAACAACCACAGAAAGUCCUGAAACAACAACAACCUCAAGCCCUAAAUCUAAAACAACCGCCACCUCAUCAACAACAGAAAAACCCACUGGCACAACAUCUUCAGGGUCCACAACAACCACAGAAAGUCCGAAAACAACAACAACCUCAUCAACAACAGAAAAACCCACUGGCACCACAUCUUCAGGGUCCACAACAACCACAGAAAUUCCUGAAACAACAACAACCUCAAGCCCUGAAUCUAAAACAACCACCACCUCAUCAACAACAGAAAAACCCACUGGCACCACAACACCAGGGUCCACAACAACCACAGAAAGUCCCAAAACAACAACAACCUCAUCAACAACAGAAAAACCCACUGGCACCACAACGUCGGGAUCCACUACGACCACAGAAAGUCCAAAAACAACAACAACCUCAUCAACAACAGAAAAACCCAUUGGCACAACAUCUUCAGUGUCCACAACAACCACAGAAAGUCCUGAAACAACAACAGCCUCAAGCCCUAAAUCUAAAACAACCGCCAUCUCAUCAACAACAGAAAAACCCACUGGCACAACAUCUUCAGGGUCCACAACAACCACAGAAAGUCCGAAAACAACAACAACCUCAUCAACAACAGAAAAACCCACUGGCACCACAUCUUCAGGGUCCACAACAACCACAGAAAUUCCUGAAACAACAACAACCUCAAGCCCUGAAUCUAAAACAACCACCACCUCAUCAACAACAGAAAAACCCACUGGCACCACAACGCCAGGGUCCACAACAACCACAGAAAGUCCCAAAACAACAACAACCUCAUCAACAACAGAAAAACCCACUGGCACCACAACGUCAGGAUCCACUACGACCACAGAAAGUCCAAAAACAACAACAACCUCAUCAACAACAGAAAAACCCAUUGGCACAACAUCUUCAGUGUCCACAACAACCACAGAAAGUCCUGAAACAACAACAACCUCAAGCCCUAAAUCUAAAACAACCGCCACCUCAUCAACAACAGGAAAACCCACUGGCACAACAUCUUCAGGGUCCACAACAACCACAGAAAGUCCGAAAACAACAACAACCUCAUCAACAACAGAAAAACCCACUGGCACCACAUCUUUAGGGUCCACAACAACCACAGAAAUUCCUGAAACAACAACAACCUCAAGCCCUGAAUCUAAAACAACCACCACCUCAUCAACAACAGAAAAACCCACUGGCACCACAACGCCAGGGUCCACAACAACCACAGAAAGUCCCAAAACAACAACAACCUCAUCAACAACAGAAAAACCCACUGGCACCACAACGUCAGGAUCCACUACGACCACAGAAAGUCCAAAAACAACAACAACCUCAUCAACAACAGAAAAACCCAUUGGCACAACAUCUUCAGUGUCCACAACAACCACAGAAAGUCCUGAAACAACAACAACCUCAAGCCCUAAAUCUAAAACAACCGCCACCCCAUCAACAACAGAAAAACCCACUGGCACCACAUCUUCAGGGUCCACAACAACCACAGAAAUUCCUGAAACAACCACAACCUCAAGCCCUGAAUCUAAAACAACCACCACCUCAUCAACAACAGAAAAACCCACUGGCACCACAACGCCAGGGUCCACAACAACCACAGAAAGUCCCAAAACAACAACAACCUCAUCAACAACAGAAAAACCCACUGGCACCACAACGUCAGGAUCCACUACAACCACAGAAAGUCCAAAAACAACAACAACCUCAUCAACAACAGAAAAGCCCACUGGCACAACAUCUUCAGUGUCCACAACAACCACAGAAAGUCCUGAAACAACAACAACCUCAAGCCCUAAAUCUAAAACAACCGCCACCUCAUCAACAACAGAAAUACCCAAUGGCACCACAACUGCAGUGUCCACAACAACCACAGAAAGUCCCAAAGCAACCACCACCUCAUCAACAACAGAAAAACCCACUGGCACAACAAUGUCAGGAUCCACCACAACCACAGAAAGUCCCAAAACAACAAUAAUCUCAUCAACAACAGAAAAACCCACUGGCACAACAUCUUCAGGGUCCACAACAACCACAGAAAGUCCCAAAACAACAACAACAGAAAAACCCACUGGCACCACAACGCCAGGAUCCACAACAACCACAGAAAGUCCCAAAACAACUACCACCUCAUCAACAACAGAAAAACCCACUGGCACAACUACUUCAGGGUCCACAACAACCACAGAAAGUCCAAAAACAACAACAACAACCUCAAGCCCUAAAUCUAAAACAACCGCCACCUCAUCAACAACAGAAAAACCCACUGGCACCACAACGCCAGGGUCCACAACAACCACAGAAAGUCCCAAAACAACAACAACCUCAUCAACAACAGAAAAACCCACUGGCACCACAACGUCAGGAUCCACUACAACCACAGAAAGUCCAAAAACAACAACAACCUCAACCCCUAAAUCCAAAACAACCACCACCUCAUCAACAACAGAAAAACCCACUGGCACCACAACGCCAUCAUCAACAACAGAAAAACCCACUGGCACCACAACGUCAGGAUCCACUACAACCACAGAAAGUCCAAAAACAACAACAACCUCAACCCCUAAAUCCAAAACAACCACCACCUCAUCAACAACAGAGAAACCCACUGGCACAACAACUUCAAGAUCCACAACAACCACAGAAAGUCCCAAAACAACAACAACAACUUUGAAACCUCAAUCUAAAACAACCACCACAUUAUCAACAACAAAAAAACCCACUGGCACAACAACCACAGAACGUUCCAAGAGUACUACAAAACUAACCACCCCACCUGAUCAUGUAGUAACAAAGCCAUUGGUGAAAACUUCAGCAGCUACAGGACCAAUGGUUGUUAAUACAACAGUUACCAUAAAACCCACCACAACUAAAAAGAUUUCUACUUCCACAACUACACAGUCUUCAACUCCACGCAGAACAACUCUUUGUUUUUGCACAUACAUGGACAAGCACUUCUCCUCAGGAAGCUUCAUGUACAACAAAACAGAUGGAGCAGGGUGGUGUUUUACUGCUUACUGCAACAUGUCUUGCGGUGUGGAGAAGCUUGCUAGACCAUGUCACUCUACUACUCCUCCAACGCAUAGCACCUCAACAAGCUCUAGCACUACAGUAAAACCCCUAAAGGACUGUUCAUAUUUACAGCCACCCCGAAAGAAUGGUGAGUCAUGGAAUCCUGACAAAUGUACCACGGAAUCAUGUAAUGAUGGAAAAGUGAUUACAGAACAUGUGCCAUGUAAAGAAGUGGACAUUCCAACAUGUACAAAUGGGCAGCCACCAGUUAGAGUCUAUGAUGAAGGAGGCUGCUGUUUCCAUUAUGAGUGCAAAUGUGUUUGCUCUGGCUGGGGAGAUCCGCAUUAUCUGACAUUUGAUGGCACAUAUUACAGCUUCCAGAAAAACUGCACAUAUGUCUUAGUCAAAGAGAUCACUCCCAAAUACAAUUUUAAGAUUCAUAUUGAUAAUGAAAACUGUGAUGCCACUGGAACCGUGACCUGUCCUAAGUCCUUGACUGUGUUUUACAAAAACUUUGAAAUUCUUCUUACACAACAGAGAAAACCAAAGACUGUAAACUUGGUGUAUGUCAACGGCAAGCAGGUGUUCCCAACCUACUCUAACCAGGACCUUACCAUCACCAGUACUUCAAUUGAGAUGCUUGUGAAAAUCCCAGCAAUUGAAACAAAUGUAUCAUACAAAGGGCUUUUAUUCAGUGUCGAAAUGCCAUCUUCCCUUUUCAAGAGCAACACAGAAGGACAAUGUGGUAACUGUGACAAUGAUCAGAAGAAUGACUGUAGAUUACCUAGUGGCCAGAUUCACCCUUCAUGCUCUGAGAUGGCAAACUCCUGGAGUGUAAUUGACAAGAACAAACCUUACUGCGGGGCUACUCCACCACCUCCAACAACAAAACCAACAACAAAACCUACACAGCCAAGCGGCAAAACGAAAAUUUGCGACAUUUUGAAUAGCACGGUGUUUGAAAAGUGCAGCAAAGUAGUUAAUCCCCAGCCCUUCUACGAAGCCUGUAAAUAUGAUGUUACCCACAUGCCAUCCUCCAACUUGGGCUGUUCUAGUCUGGAGGCAUAUGCCAGGUUAUGUGCUGAUGCUUCAAUCUGUGUGGACUGGAGAAGCGCUACAAAUGGACAGUGCGUUUACAAAUGUCCAGAAAAUAAAAUCUACAAAGCCUGUGGACCAACAGUUGUACCAACCUGCAAUGGAAGGUACAAUGAGCAGUAUGGACAGCAGUGCAAGCAGACAGCUGACCAGGAUAAAGCUUGUGCAUUCACGGAGGGGUGUUUCUGUCCAGAGGGGCUGACAUUGUUCAGUUCCACCUCUGAUGUUUGUGUAUCAUCAUGUUGCACUGGACCUGAUGGCAAACCUAAACAGUUUGGCGACACGUGGCAGAGCGCCUGUCAGCAGUGUGUCUGUGAUAGUGACACUCAGAGUGUCCAGUGUAAGCCUCUCACGUGUCCCGCACAAAAUCCAGUUACCUGUACCGGUGAAGGACAGGUACUGGUGAAUAAAACAGUGGACUGCUGCGAGCAACGAGUUUGUGAAUGUGAUAAGAGACUCUGCGCAUUGCCACCACAGUGUCAACUGGGAUUCAAACUAGACAUUCACACCUCCAUUGACAAUUGCUGCCCUUCUUACAGCUGCAUACCCAAAGGCGUCUGUGUGUAUGGCAACAACGAGUACAAGCCUGGUACAACAUUCUCCAACGACCCAUGUCAAACCUGCUCCUGUACUGAAACUCAAGACCCCAAAAGCAAGUUGAAUAGCUACACGUGUCAGCACAUUCCGUGUGACACUAAAUGUCCAAAGGGCUCAGAGUACAAAGAGCAGCCUGGACAGUGUUGUGGGUCAUGUAAAAAGAUUAGCUGUGUUGUGGAGAUCCCAGGCCUUGAUCCUGUUAUUCUUAAUCCCUCCCAGACUUGGUCACCACCAAAAGACAAGUGUACCACGUAUAGCUGCCAGAAGGUGAACGAUGACUUAAUAAUUUACAAACAUCAAGCAGAAUGUCCUCCAUUUGACCCAAGCAACUGUGUUCCUGGAACUGUACAGACAGACCAAAAUGGUUGUUGCAGUUCCUGUACUCCUCGUAGCACCUGUCAAGUCAAAACCACUACCCGCUAUAUUGAGACCGAUACCUGCAAGUCAGUUAAGCCUGUGACCGUCACAUCCUGUGAGGGAUCCUGUGGACCAUCGUCAUCAAUUUACACUGAAAAGAGCAACAGUCUGACGCACUCAUGUUCAUGCUGUCAAGAAGUGGCCACCAGCCGUAAGGAGGUCGAUAUGAUCUGCUCCCGUGGCAGAAAGGAGAAACACAUCUACAUUUCAGUCGACAAGUGUGGUUGUCAGGCUGCUAAAUGCAGUGAGAGCUCACGUGAGAGUGGCUCACGCGAGAGUGGCUCACAUGAGGAUGGUUCACGCUGGAGAGGCUCACAUGAGGGUGGCUCACGCUGGAGAGGCUCACAUGAGGGUGGCUCACGCGGGAGAAACUCACAUGAGGGUGGUUCACGCUGGAGAGGCUAGCCGCAAAGAAGCGGACACAUGAGAAGAGAAAGGCAUUAAUUUAAGCAUCUCUGAAAAGAAUGUACUACUGUCAUACUUUCUUUAUUCAAACCUGUAUGGUGGGUGUUUUCUUCCUGUCACUGUUUUAUUCUGUGCUAAAAGAUGGGGAUCUAGAGCACAUAUUAGCUAUACUUUCCUAAGCUUUGCAUAUUCUGAAUAUGAAUGAAAAAAGGCAAUAUUAUAAUUAAAGGAUCAUGAUGCUA